CGUAAUUAAUGAUAUAGUGUGUGGUAUAGUAACUGUUACAACAUUCUGAAAAGCGUCUCUGCUUCUAUUCUCUAGCACCAACCCAGUUCUGGUUUCUUUCAAAACUUGAACAACAUCCUUCUCUCUCUCCUUUUGUGUGUCUGUGUUUGUGUGUAAAUAACAAGAAAACAUAGCAAAUCUAUGGCUACCAACAAGUUUGCAAACAUGUUGCAUAGAAACACGCACAAAAUUAUUGUAAUUCUAGUCUAUGCAGUCCUUGAAUGGAUCUUGAUAACCCUUCUCCUCCUCAACUCUUUGUUCAGUUAUUUGAUCAAGAAAUACACCCAUUUCUUUGGCCUAAAACCACCCUGCCUAUGGUGUUCUAGAGUUGAUCACAUAUUUGAGCCUGGUAGCAAUGCAAACUCUUAUAGAGAUCUUGUAUGUGACACUCAUGCCACUGAGAUCUCCAAAUUGAGCUACUGUUCCACUCAUCAUAAGUUGGCUGAACCUCAGAAUAUGUGCGAGAAUUGCUUGGCUUCCCGGCCAAGUAACAGUGACAGCUACGUAGGAAGGACACAGAAGAUUACUUUUAUUUCAUGGGUGAGUGAGAGUGAGAACCAUAUUGAAAAUGUUGAAAAGAUUUUCAGGUGUUCAUGCUGUGAUGAGAGCUUGAGCUGCAAACCCUACCCUCCUUUCUGGCUUUUAAAGCCUUCUUGGGGUGCUUUGAGUUAUACCCAGAAUGACAAUUUGGUUAUAGAAGCCGUGGACGAUGACAGCAAUGAAGGGAAGUACGAAGAAUUAAGUAAAUCUGGUUCUCCGGCGCAUCAGAGAGUGACUGAGAAUGAGAUCCAUAGCGACAAUGAGGAAGAAGACCGCGAUGGUGAUGAUGAAGGGAUAGCAGAUGAACAUGAGAUAAUUUCUGCUGUCGGAAGUUUUAACAUCACGGAGGAUUCUUCGAGGUCUGUAAUGAACUUGCAAUGUGAUGAAAAAGAAGCAGAUGAAGGUGAAACAGAGAGUGCUAUUAACACCAUGGAACUUGAUACAAAUGGUACUAAUUCUGUUUAUCAAUCUUUAGAUAGUGCCAUGAUUCAGUGUUUCCCAGGACAAGAUUACUCGGUUGAAAUCAUAAAUAUGCAUCUUAAAAAUCAAACUGCUUGUGAGUUUAAUCGUUUAAUCCCAGUGGAGUUGAUUGAUUCUUCAACUACUGCAAACCAAGGAUUAUGCAACUUGAAAGAGGAAGAUCUGAGAGAGCAUGAUCAUCAAAAUGGAGUUUCUGAUUCUGAGCCAUGGAUUGAAAUUCAAUUCAAUGUUUCAAGAGAGGUAGCAUUACAAAUUAUGCCUGAGAGUACAGAGGCAACUAAAGAAGAACUUGAUAUGGUCGGGGAAGGAUGUAGACAAGUUGAAAUUACUCAAGAAACUCCAACUUUAUCCCUCAAAAUUGAAAAAUUAGACAUGAAAGAACCAGAUAAUCCAAAAGCGCAUGGAGAAGAAACAGAUUGUUUAAAUCUGUUGUCUGAUCAAAGUUCAGCCAAGACCUUGAUAGGCACAGAAGUGUCUAACCAUGCCGCUGACCCUGACCCUGACCAACCUCAAGCUGAACAACAAAUUUCUUCAUUGCAAUGCUUACAAGAUCAAUCUUCCACAAAUGAUGAUGGUGUAGAAAUUUCUACUGCCCCAGACAUUGUUCGGAAUGACCUCGGUCCAAAUCCCAUGGAGAAAGCUACCCAGCAAGAAAAAACAAUAUUGGCUGAAAAGAGUCAAGAAGGGAUAAACCAUCAUUCAUCCAUGUGUUUGGAGCCAAAUGAAAUAGAGGAAGACAAAUUUCCUGAUACACCAACUUCCUUCGACAGUCUCCAUUACUUGCAUAAGAAACUACUACUAUUUGAAAAGAGAGAACCAGGAGCGGAAGAGUCUCUCGAUGGAAGCGUGGUAAGUGAGAUGGAAGGUGGAGAUGCAGUUACCACUGUUGAUCGGCUGAAAGCAGCACUAAAAGCUGAAAGAAAAACUUUAAGUGCUUUAUAUGCAGAACUAGAAGAAGAGAGGAGUGCAUCUGCAAUAGCUGCCAACCAGACAAUGGCGAUGAUAACCAGGCUUCAAGAAGAGAAAGCAGCAAUGCAGAUGGAAGCAUUACAAUACCAGAGGAUGAUGGAAGAACAAGCUGAAUAUGACCAGGAAGCUUUGCAACUUAUGAAUGAGCUCAUGAUCAAGAGAGAGAAGGAGAAGCAAGAACUAGAGAAGGAGUUGGAAAUAUAUCGUAAGAAGGUGUUGGAUUAUGAGGCAAAAGAGAAGAUAAGAACCAUGAGAAGAAUUAAAGAUGGAAGUGUAAGAAGUAGAACCUCUUCUGCUUCUUGCAGCAAUUCUUGCAGCAAUGCGGAUGACAGUGAUGAAUUAUCAAUUGAUCUGAAUCGUGAUGUAAGGGAUGAAGAUAAUGGCUACUAUGGCCAUCAAGAUAGCAGUCAAAACAACAGCCCUGAUAAUGAAGUUUUAAAUUUGGAAGAAAUGGCACUAGAUUGUGUAAAACAUAUGAGUGCUCUUGAUGAGUCAUUGGUAGAAUUUGAAGAAGAGAGGCUGUCUAUUCUAGAUCAACUCAAAGCACUGGAGGAGAAGCUAAUCACAAUGGGUGAUAAUGAAGGAUUUCUUGAAGAUGAAAAGUCAAUUGAGCAUACCUCAAUGUAUGGUGUUCAAGAGCUUGAGGAAAAUCAUGAAUUUACCAGUCCAGAAGAAAAUGAAAUCUCAAAUGAGUUUCCAAAGGAUAAACAUUUUCCAGACAGAAAAACAAUGAGUUCAAUGGCCAAGAGCCUCCUUCCUUUGUUGGAUGCCACCGAUAAUGAAAACGAAGGGUUAUUAUACGAAGAAAAAGGUGAAUCUGAAUAUGUUGAUAUGGAAAACUCCUUCAUAUCCAAUUUUGAACUGGAUGGCAAAAAACUAGCCAUUGAAGAUGAAGUGGAUCAUGUUUAUGAGAGAUUACAAGCUCUUGAAGCAGAUAGGGAGUUUCUAAAGCAUUGUAUGAGCUCCAUUAAGAAGGGAGAUAAAGGAGUGGAUCUCCUUCAAGAAAUCUUGCAACAUCUUCGAGAUCUGAAGGCUGUGGAAGUCCGAGUGAAGAACAUGAGUGACGAUCCUCCAAGUUGAAAUUUAAGUUGACUACCACAAAUGAGAAGCAAGAGAUUGCUUUUCUCCGAGGUGAGCAGGAUGACUCUGCAGAUGAAAGUGGUUGGAUAAACCACUUCAUACAGUGCACAUUGGAAAAAAAGCUCAUCAAAAUGUAUGCUUUCUAGUCCCAGGAAGUCUCUUGAUGGAGAGGGAAAUUCCUGGUAAUGGUUUGUUUGAAUUGGUGCAUGAGAUGCAGACUACAGAAUUGAAGUCUGCUUAAACUUCUAAUUUUUCUUUUGGAAUUGAACUACUACAAGUUUGGUGCAAAGCCAGAGAUCGGAGUUUCCUCAACACCAACCUUUCCUAAGCAACUGUGAAAGAUGUAGAGGAGUGUGUCUGCCUGACCUAAGUGUAUAAGUCAGGGCACUUGGGGCUCAAUUUUGCUUUUUUUUUUUUUUUUUUCAUCUCUUUAGUUUUAAUCAUGUUUCUAUUUUUGAUGGAUGUGAGAGGGAAGAGCUUGGAGGAGAAGACAUUAACUUUUUCUUCUUCUGAUCUUUUCAUCCUUAAAUUUCAUAUGGAGUUUCAGUAUCCGGGGGCCAGAAGUUAUAUGUAUACCACAUAUAUAAGUUAUGUCUAUACUAUUUGUGAGUGGGGGUCAUAUUGUUGUUCUAGUUGCCUUUAUUGUUUCAGUUUGUUAACCAGUUCAUGGCAUGGAAAGCUUUGAACGGUGUGUAGCAGAAAUCUUGUAUUACACACUUUUUUAUUAGACAAUUAUAAGUUCUUGGUAGUUAAGCUGCUAAGGUUAAGUUUUUGCUA